AUGGGGUCUAAAAAGAAAACUAAAGAAAAGAAGAAGGAUUUCAUCAAGCAGAGACUCAAGGUCGGAAAGGAUAAACCAAAGGCCCUGAAUCAUACCGAUGUCUCGUUUACUGCCAAAUCAAUCUCAAUACCUCGCCAAUCGGUGUUGGAUGUGAAAACCAACGAGGCAGAAUUCGCAAAGAAUAUCAGCUUGACACGCCAUGCCACUCCUCAGGUCCGGAAAGAAGCAGUGUUGUUUCUUGCAAAGCAUUGGCGUUCGCAUCCUACAAUGCUCGCCGCGGUCAUCAGCUCGAUUGCCAAGCUUAUACUUGAUCAGUCUGGUUCGGUUCGUGGGGAAGUCUUGAAGCUUUUGAAAACUUUACCCUCCGCUAGUGUGCAAUUGCAUUAUACUGUGCUUGUGUUGUACGUACAGAGUGCCAUGACCCACAUUGGGGCCCUGGUGCGCCAUGAUUCUUCAAAAUUCUUGGAGGUUUUAAUGGAAGAUGGAGGUUGUGGAAAGUUGCUUGUUGACAAUCAUUGGAUCAAGCUACUGAGAUGUUUUUUCAGUUUGUUACAUUGGCCAAUCAAUGCCGCAGGGGUAGGGUUGGCGGUGACCGUUGGGAGUAGUGCUGGCGGAGGAGGAGGAGGUCAAGCGGCAAGAACCGCCAGAGUGAGACAUUUACAAGUACUUGGGAAAUUUAUUGAACAAGGCGCGGUGGAAGUGAAGAGUAUUGAUACAGAGGCCGGUCAGAUUGAGGCGGAAGGUCCUCAUGUCCUGACCCAAUGCUACGUUACCCCAGACGUUCCUGGACCUUUCCAGCAUUUGCGAUUAUUUGCUAGGGCGGUGAAUAUCGAAGGGGAUUUGAAUAAUAUGAGAUUCGAAGAUGUACUAGUGAGACGUAAGGUUCUUGUUGAUGUAUUCACUGAAAGAAUGAUGAAGGAACUCCGCAGUAUUGUCAAGGAAGGUGGAGAAGUCGGGAGAGUAGCGAACAGUCUAAGUGUAAUGAUGGAGAGAGUGAUGGAAGACGAAAAGAAUUAUCAGCAGAGUAUUGGUGCAAGUUGA